GUACGGUGGAGCCGCGUUGCAUUUUGGGACACGGAGUAAAGAUGGUAGCGGUCAUAGAGAGCAUGUAGAAGCGACAAUAACACGUGUUUUUGUUAUUAUAUCUCCGACAAUAAGUAUUUGCUGCUGUUACAACGUAAGAAUCAUCUGAUAUAGGACUGUUAUUGAGCGAGGAAACAGGAGAUUGGAGAUGUUUGCGCUUGGAGGUUUGUUGAGAGCUGGGUCGACCUUCUUUCACUGUGCUGGAACACUGCUGCUCCCAGUCAGGACCAUUUCUACAGGGACACGCUGCCAGAUCAGGAUGCAUGCUAUUCCUCAGCCAAAAGAAGUUGACAGGUGGACUGAGAAGAGGAGCAUGUUUGGAGUUUAUGACAACAUCGGCAUCUUAGGGGACUUCAAAGCCCAUCCAAAAGACCUCAUUGUUGCCCCCUGCUGGCUGAAAGGGUUUAAAGGUAAUGAACUUCAGCGUUUGACUAGGAAAAAGAAGAUGGUGGGAGACAGGAUGAUGACUAUGGAGAGACACAACUUGGAGAAGAGGAUCCGCUUCCUCUACAGACGCUUCAACCGCACAGGAAAGCACCGCUAAUGCCGCAUCAAGCUUCACUCAACAAGGACCGUCCCAGUUUCUGAGUGUGAAUUCAUCGUUUCACUGAGUUAUGUCAGAAGAUUGAAUGAGAAAAUAUCUGUUUUCAGACUUUAUUUUACCAAUGUAUAAAAGACUGGAAGUACACUGAAAAUACAUCAUAACAUGAUCAUUAAAAUUGGCUUUUUUUUACGUUUAUUUUA